AUGGAUAGUGAAAUUAAUGUGGCAAACAAAUUACCAUCAUCAAAUAUGAAGCUUGAAGAUAAAUUUGAUUCAUUACAAAAUGAAAUUAGUGAGAUGAAAAAAACUGAUGCUGAUAUUUCAAAUAGGAUUACAAAUAUUGAAAAAGAUUUAAAAGAGCUUAUUAAAUUAAUGAAAUCAAAGCAAGCCUAA